AUGGAUAAUAAUAACAAUCAAAAUCGUGCUUGUCUUUUCGUCACACAAAGCCCUUCGUUAUGUGAAGAAACUAUUACUAAUGAAACUCCAUUUAUCAAAGUUCCAUUUCCACCUAUGAUCGAUCCCAAAGAUUUGAUCAUCAUGAAACCUAAUGAAGAUAAACCUGCAAGAUCGCCUAAUUCUUUUAUAAUUUAUAGAAAAGUUUUUGUUGAAGCGGCGAGAGAUAGUGGUUAUUAUUUACCGAUGACAGUUAUUUCAUCAAUGGCAUCAAAUUCGUGGGAUAAUGAAAGCGACGAAGUAAAAGCUUAUUAUAAACGUCUAUCCAAAGAAGCAUUUGAAUAUCGAAGUGAGAAAUAUCCAAAAAAUAAUAAACGUCGUAAAAGAAAAGCAAAAUGGAAUGUUCUCGCUUUUGAUUACUCCAAUAAACAAUCGAAUAGACCGAAUAAACAACCGAAAAAUAAUCAAAAUAAUCAAAAUGAAAUUGUUACAAUGGCAGAUACUUUAUUUACUCCUACUCUUCCGAUGCAAUUUGAAACUACAAAUUCUUUUGAAUUACAAAAUGUUUACCCAAAUAUUCUUAAUACUUUUGGAAUUACGGAAUUUCCUUCUAUCGAAGCAAAUUUCUCUGAUAUUCUCACAAAUAGUGAUUUAUUAGCUGAAUCAUCCAAUCCUUCUCAAAUUUAUGAUCCUAUAAAGAAGAAAUUCGAAAAAUAUUGA